UGUUGCUGCUGCUGCUGCUGCUGCUGCUGCUUCUAGGUAUAGUUCUGGUGUUGAAUGUCUGAAAUUACUUAUUGAGAGUGGAAUUGAUGUGAAUGUGCAGAAUAAUAAUGGCGAUAACGCUUUAAUUGUUGCUGCUGAUGCUGCUGCUUCUUGGGACAGUUAUGGUGUUGAAUGUCUGAAAUUACUUAUUGAGAGUGGUAUUGAUGUGAAUGUGAAGAAUAAUAAUGGCGAUAACGCUUUAAUUGUUGCUGCUGCUGCUGCUGCUGCUUCUAGGUAUAGUUCUGGUGUUGAAUGUCUGAAAUUACUUAUUGAGAGUGGAAUUGAUGUGAAUGUGCAGAAUAAUAAUGGCGAUAACGCUUUAAUUGUUGCUGCUGAUGCUGCUGCUUCUUGGGACAGUUAUGGUGUUAGAUGUCUGAAAUUACUUAUUGAGAGUGGUAUUGAUGUGAAUGUGCAGAAUAAUAAUGGCGAUAAUGCUCUAAUUGUUGCUGCUGCUGCUGCUGCAUCUAGGUAUAGUUAUGGUGUUGAAUGUCUGAAAUUACUUAUCGAGAGUGGUGUUAAUGUGAACAUAUCAACUUAUGCUGAUAAAACAGCAUUAUCUAUUGCUAUUUCAACAUUCAACCCUAAAAUAAUAGAAACAUUGCUGAAUCAUGAUGCAGAUGUAAAUGUUAACAAACAUGAAACAUGGCAUUUAGCAUUCCAAGAAUGCAAGAAACAUUUGCCUGAAUCAAAAACCCCUUUAAUGCAGUUUUUAAAACAUGCUAAAUACAGUGAUAUAGUAAAGAAAUUGAUAGAAUUAGAUGAAGAGCUUCAUUCUACUGAUGAACAUGGGAAAACAGCUUUGAUGUAUGCUAGUUGGUUUGAUCAGUGUUAUGCUGUUAGAAUGCUAGUGGAAGCAGGUGUAAAUGUGAAUGUCCAUGACAGAGAUAGGAUCACGGCACUAAUGUUUGCAUGUAUGAAUGGUUGUGAAACCUGCUGCUCAACAUUAGUACAUGCAGGGGGUCACAUCAAUGCAAGAGAGAAACAUGGUAGGACAGCACUAUUUCUGACCAAAAUAAAACCAGGGUUAUCAACAUUGAAUAUCUAUGAGGAAUUGUUGAUCCAUGGUGCUCAUUUUGGACUAGAAAACCUAAAUGCAGUGUUAAGUGAAAAAUUCAUGGAAAGCAUAGAAACGUUUCCCUGUACAACACUUAGUAUUAUCUAUGACAUGCUCUUGAGAUUUGAAUAUGUUGGUUGUACCCAAGACAUCAUGUUUAGAGUCAAACAAUCUCAGCCUGAAACAAGUUCAUUGUUUAAGGAUUGUAUGAAAUCAAAUACUGAAGUUAAAGCAACAUGGUUGCAUAAAUACUCCGCACUUGCAGCCAGAUCAUGUGUUAAAUAUAAGGGAGACAUUGACAAAUUUCCAACAGCAAGAAAAUUGAAAGUUUAUAUCAGCUGUAUGGGGUGUAAAUAUCUGAUUAAAUCAGCUGAAGCUUUAUAUCCCUCUCCUGAUGAAAAAUCUGACAAAGACAAUGUCGACAUGUACGGUAAAGAUGAGUGCAUAGACACUGAUAACAAUCAAAAUGACACAGACGACAGUAUAGAUCAUGAUAGAGACAGGAUUCUAAAUAAAGAACAUAGAACCAAUCAUGAAAAUGACUCGGACAAUUAUGGAAAUGACACAGAAAACAGUAAUAGUAGUCUGAGCAUUUAUGAUUCUGACAGUGAGGAAAAUGAUACACACGAGGACAACAGGCCACAAUAUGUAGUUGUCCCUGAUGCGAGUGACUUUAGUGACAUGGAAAGUGUGGAGGAUGACUGGUACAUGGAAGAUGACUAAGUUGAACAAAGUCAUCAUGCAAGUGAAGUGUAUGUGUAGUGUGUUUAGUAUUUUAGGCAACAAACUGUCAGAUGACAUGCAUGUGAUAAGAUUUUUGAUAGGGGAAUGUUGCAAUUGCAAAUCAUAUGUAUGUGGAUUGUAUUGCUGAUAAAAGAUAAAUUACUUUGAUUUUAUGAAAAAACAAGUUCAUUACAGCAAUUAGUUGUUAUUACCAUGUUUAUAAAAUCUAUAAUUAUUUAAUAUGGUUUAGGAUAUAGCAUUUAGAUUCAUGAUUUGGACACAUGUAUGGUUUUACUUGCAAUGCAUCAAUGUAGACAUAUUUAUUAGUGUUAUUGAAGCCCAUAGUUAGCUUUUGCCAUAUAAUCCUUCAAUAUUAGAACUGUACACACUAACCAAUUGCAAUGCUUAGUGCAUGCACUCUGCACUUGUAAUAUUUCCAACUAUGAGAGUUCAAAUAUAUUAUAAAGGUAUUCUGUGUGAAUUAUUGCACAGGGAACACCUGUGUAAAAGAGC